AUGUGCGCGCGGGCGGGCGCCGUGAGGACAAGCGGCCCGGCGUCCACCUGCCGCGUCGAACAGACGGGGGUCUGUGGCAGCCCUGCCGAGCAGCCCUUGAUCCCGCCCGCCGGGGCGGCUCUUGGCCUCUGGCUGAGCCCCUGGAAUCGCAGGCCGCGGUCAGCAGGGCUGCUGCGGGCACAGGCCCUCAGCGACAGCGGGGGAGUGAGCCGUGCAACAACAGGUCCUUUCUCCCUGGCCCUCGCCCAGCAGGCUGCCCACUUGCCACGCUUCCUCCUCGACAGCCCUCCCCCGCUUGAAAAGGACGCUGGCGACAGAGGAGCUGUUGUUGCUAUUGGCUCCUGCCACCUGACAACCACAGAGGUUACUUGGAGGGCUAGCGGGAAGCCCGCGACUUGCGUUUCCUCUGCCUCAGGAACGGGGUGCCCAUCACAGAGGGCCACUUUGGGAGGACACACAGGAGCCCAUUCCGGGCCUGGCCGUCAGCAGAAUGAGACGCAGUUCAGCUGGAUCACCCUCGUGACUCUGAGCGUCUGCCGCAGAGACACGGAAUGGACCUCUGUCAUGAGUGGACCAGGGAUUUUCCAUUCACACUCUUAA